CCCACUUGGAGGCGAAUGGAUCAAAACGCUGACGAAUUUCGAUUAUUCGUUUGGGUUGGUAUCGAAACUUUCCACGAGACACCUGUGGAAGCUAGGCGUCAGUUAGCUACAACAGCGAACAUCCACUAGACACCUGUGGAUCAGCGUUUCUCUGCUGCUGCUACCAAAACUUUCCACGAAAAUCCAUCACAAGACACUUGUUCUCCUUCUCGGCUGCGUUUGUUUCUCUCUGUUUCUCCAACAAUAACUAUUAAUUAGAGACACAAAUGGGUUCGCUUUUGAGUUCUACCAAAAAGACCAAGGAAGAAAUUGAAAUGGCACUUAAAAAAGCAAAGGAGAUCUCCACUUCUGCUCCUGUCGUCGUUUUCAGCAAAACAUACUGUGGUUAUUGCAAUAGGGUCAAGCAGCUGCUGACACAAUUAGGAGCAAGUUUCAAGGUCAUUGAACUGGAUGAGGAAAGUGAUGGAGCUGAAAUUCAAUUAGCUUUAGCAGAAUGGACUGGGCUAAGGACUGUACCUAAUGUGUUUAUUGGUGGAAAACACAUUGGUGGUUGUGACUCUACACUGGAGACGUACCAAAAAGGUGAGCUCUUGUCUCUUCUCAAUGAUGCUGGCGCCAUUGCCAACAACUCUGCUCAGCUGUGAAUGAUGUGGAAACAGGAUGAUCAUGUAGCAAGAUUAGAAUAAAAUGAGUCUCCUUAUGGACCAAACUAAAUGGUGUCUUUUAACGUUGAUACAAAAUAUGGAUAGUUCAUAGUUGAAUGUAUAGUUAAAAUGGUUUUUCCUGCUA